GACAGUUUUAUCUUGACUAACUUCCUGCCGGUGAUUUUCAACUGAAUUGUUGACGACAAGAAGAUAACACAAGUUUGACUUGAUGGGUGAGCAUAGCAUACUGAUAAAGUUUGCGAUAAACCUUUGCUCCAGCCUCAUUCGGAGGCUGAGAAAUUGAUUCUGGACAUCUUCAAAGCAUCCUCCGGACUUUUGGAAAUUGCAAACUAAGGUUGGAGGGACGUCUUGAUAGGGAUCGUCAAGGGUUAAUGAAUUUAACAGAGGGGUAAAAGUAAAAUUGCCUAACUGCUCGGCUGGUUUAUUACGCAUAACAGCUCACUAGGUUCGCAAUAUCAAAACCCUGGAGAGAGCAUUGGCCAGUUAAUUGUAAACGGGUAUCAAUUUACUACAAUUGGGAUUUUAGUUGGGGAAAGGAGAAGGAGAUUGAUAGGACUAGACGGAUCGAGAUUGUAACGAUCUAUCGAAGACUUACGAGACGGAUUGAUCUUGGAGAGAGGAAAGUUAACACAAGCGGAAACAUAGAGUUGAAAGCUUGAAGGGAGGAAUAUCAUGUUUUGAUUACGAGGACGAAUACUCUUCUUUGGUCUACUCGAAACAUUGAAGACGAGAAGGACAAGCAGAAGUAAUUGCCGUGGCAUAAGCAGAACUAAACAAUCCAGAGACGAAGAUAUAAUAUCGACAUACAUACACACCUACCGAUCGUUCGUCCACCGGCUGUUGAUAUUCAACAGUCCUCCAAGAGGGAUUUAGGGAGGCCAUUUGUUGCUUUCUAGCUUUUAGCCAUUAGGCCAGGAAGAUCUGUGAGAGGGACUCGAGACAAAGUGCGGCUCCGGAUUGGGACAACGUAUCGAAAGUCGGUUCUCUAUAGUUUGGGAGAGAAACUCGGAGAGGGACAAGCGCACUGGAUGGAGAAUAUUGAGAAGAAGGAGGGGAAUGAGGGGUUGUUGGCGGGGGAAAGAAAGGGGUUUGUGCCAUUGGUUACGGUGGUGGAUUUUCAUCAUGCAAGAGGACCGGAAGUCGAAUACUGGUUUGGGGCAGAGGAGGGGACUGAUCCUGCGGUGGAAAACGAAUGGCCUCUAUUGCCGUUCAUGGCUUUGAGUGAUGGUGCGCAUGCAUCAACAGAAGAUUUCUCCUAUUUUACACUCCUACGACCUGGGCGCGGAAAUCUACCUCCAACAUCCCUCUUCGGUAUCUCCUGCACACAACAAAUGGACGCCUCGAUAUUGCUUAACCGCCCCGCGGAAGUUACACGAUCGACGGUACAAAAGGCUGUGGUUGUGAUAGCGGAUUCUCCACAAUUCUUUGGAAUGUUGAGGGAAAGAUUGGGAGUUGUUACGAAAGCAUGGUUUGCACAACGAGAAUUCACAGACACGGAGAUAUUGAAGAGGUUUCAGGAAAGCCUGGCGGAGGAAAAGAGUCGAGGAGAAUUGGGGGACAGGGAAGAGUAUCUAGGAAUGAGUUUGAGGGAACUGGUUAAGGAAUUUAAAUGGCAGACUUUGGUACUUUUUAAGUGUUGUCUGUUGCAACCGAAGAUGCUAUUUUUUGGUUCGAGGUGCGAGAGAUUGUGCAUGAUGCAGUUUUCACUCAUAUCUCUCAUACCGGGUCUGAUACGGAAUUUACAAGAUUGUGCGGAUCCGGAAUUGGAUGAUUACAGGAAAAAUCUUGUGAAACCGACGAGUUUGAAAACUAGCGAUAGGAGUUCGUUGUUGAAUUACAUGGGAUUGCCUUUGCAAAUAUUUGGCAAGGGAAGUCUUUUUGGCCCUUAUACUCCUUUACAGCAACUUGAUAUAUUAGCGGACUACGGCACAAAAUCGUAUAUUGUUGGGUCAACAAAUUCGUUACUUUUACAACAGAGAGAUCGAUACAGCGACAUUCUUAUUAAUCUAGACGACCUUACCAUUAAUAUCACAUCUGCAUCACUGAGGUCUGCACUCACACUUUCUGCGGCCGAUCGACGAUGGAUCGAUUUCAUCACACAAACUGUCAACGACACUUGGGAUGAAUCUAAUCCAAGCCGACCUAAAACUAUGGGCUAUGUCGGUUCUGAAGAAUUCAUUCGAUUGCAGUUUGAGGAAUAUCUCCUCUCUUUAAUCUCCUCAGUCAAAUGCCACAACUACCUUGUAGUUAAUGCUCACAAUCCCAGAGCGCAACUUCCACAGGUUGAAGGCGAUCCCGCGCAUGAUUUUAGCAUGGAUUGGAUCGACGCAUGGACGAGGAGUGAAAACUACGAAAUUUGGAAUAAUCAUACAGAUUCGCAUCUUUUUGAUAUCGUAGAACCUAAACAUCCCUGUGCAGGUGGCCUUACAAUUGAUGAUGUUCAAAGACGCAUUGCUGAACAGGUUAAGGAAAUGCAUCUUGAUGAAAGAUUUGCGGUAGGCAAGGAAGUCCUGGGCAGAAACCUUGCAGCGGGAAAAGAAAGAGCUAGUACUGUUUUCAAUAAAUUAUAUGCAGAUAUGGAAGCCUAUCGGGAAAGUCAGAGAAAGAGAAAUGAGGAAGCUAGGAUUGCGGCUGAGAAGGCGGCAACUGCUAGUGGAGCCUCGAGUCCAGUAAGCGUAACGGGAUUUAAUGAACCCAAAACCCCUUCGGUACAGAGUAGGGCGGGUGCAUAUAUUGGGAGCUGGGGUACGUGGAUGGGAGAGAAAAGGAAAGCGGGAUGGGGAAGAAGUUCGGGGAGUCAGGAAAAGGUCCAGCAGGUUACGAAUAGUCCGAAGAGAAAUUCAAGAGGCUUCUUUGGAAAGGAAAAUAUUCACGUUGUGGACGCGAAAAAUGGGCUGGAGAGGAGCCCACUGAGUCCAAGAAGUUCUCAUGGGGGAUACUCGCCAGUGGGGGAAAGGCCGGGGACGGCGGAGAGUUUCAAAGAAAGUAUCUUUGAUGCGGAGGCGGAGGAGAAUGGAGUUGGGAAUGGAGACGGAAAGGCGGUGGUGGUAGAAAAGACUAGUGAUGCGCCUGUGAGAGUCGAUAGUUCGGGACAUUUGUCGGGGUUGCAUGAGGGGGUGAGAGAUCAUAAUGAUAGUGAUGGUAAUGGCGAAGAGGAGAAUAAGACGGCCAAACCACUGCCCGUGUCUGCUGAACCAAAUGUGUGGAACGACGAAGGAAAUCGAGAAUCAGAUGAGGAUAAACAUGAGAGGGCAGAGAGAGUAGCACAGGCCAUGCAGGAGGCGGUUGAUUCUUCUAUUCAUUCGUAGGAUCUUUAUGGGUAAUAGAGCGGGUGGUGAUUUACUUUGGAAUUUCAUUUUUCUUCUUGUUCCUCUGGAUUGGAUUGAUUGACGGCUUAGCGAAGUUUUCGCGCUGAGAUACAAGAUAUAAAGAGGGGAGAUCACGGGUGGAAUGAGUGUUUUGGGAUGGAGUGAGAUGGGUGAAAGGGAUUGGAAUUGGAAUUGGAUUGGGUAGGGAAAAUUCAGGGAUCGCAGGAUCAUACAUACCACUUACCGUAUUACCGCAUAUACAAUACACGUAUACAUACAUACAAUGGAAUAUAUUUAAUGUUAUUGGAUUGGAUCCAUUUUUAUUAGGGUGGGAAGCACAUUGUUAAACAGAAUCAAAAGGAUACGAUUAACCUAAAUCUCACCCAUCUCCCAAGCUCAACUCUCCUCUAAAAUAGAUCACUUAUCUACAUAUAAGGGAUCUCGAUCACACCACUCCAAAUCGGCAAUUGAUAUCGCAUGUUCUUUUCCCUUGGGCAUAAGAGCCGAGCGUCUAGAAAUUACCGGUAAGAUCUUUGUGGAGAUGGUGGGAUAUAUCGGCGGGAAUGGAUUAUUACGAUGUCGUUGGGGUUUAGUGUGGUUUGGGGUGCUGAGACCUGGGGGGAGGUAUGGGGGGUUAGUGGGUGGGGUUGAAAUGAGGAUAAAAAGGGGUUGCA